CUCCGAUACCACCGGCACCUCCGACACCGGCACCUCCGGGAGCGGCAGCGGCACCUCGGGGAGCGGCGCGGGCGGAGCGGCACAGGAGCGGCCGGACUGCCCGUCCCGAGGACUCUACUGGAUCUGCUGGAUCACAGAGAUUGUGUGUGAUGCUGUCCAUGUCACUGGAGAGGAGCUCUGCACAAGUGGCCUUGAUCCAUGUGCUCGUUCACUGAUGUCCAGCUUGUUCCUUCGCAAUCUGACUCAGCAAAGUGCUCGAGGCUUGCAGCAGUGACUGAAGUCAGAAGGGGCUGACUUCUGAAGAUUCCAGGCAGGAUGAAAGACCGUUUAAGUGAGCUGCGUGAAUUUGCCAGGUUACACAACCAGCAAUUUUCUGAUAGUGAUGAUGAUGAUGAGAAUUCACCCCAGGAUAUUCUCCUUUAUGAGACGGACUAUGCCUUGGAAAUCCUUCAUAAGGAUAUACAGAGCAUCCGGGCAGAAAACGACCACCUAAAAGCGGAUGUCACCCGCCUCAGAAAGCAAAACACCCGCUUCCUCACCUCCAUGCGCCGCCUUAGCAGCAUCAAACGAGACACUAAUUGCAUUGCCAGAGACAUUAAGAGCCGUGGAGAGAGCAUCCACAGGAAACUGCAGGUAAUGAGAGAUUUCUGUGAAGAUGCAAUAACAAAAUACGGAGCUAUGUCUGUCAUUGCCAGGGUGGCGAAGAACCACUACGUUGACCUCAUGCACACAUUUCAGGACGCUAUGUUUGAUUACAACGCAGCAGAGAUGAACCAGCGGGAGAACUGCAAGAUCCGAAUUCAGCGGCAGCUGGAGAUCAUGGGCAAGGACGUUUCUGGGCACCAGAUUGAGGAGAUGAUUGAGCAAGGCAAAUGGGAUGUCUUCUCCGAGAAUCUCUUGUCGGAUGUCAAGGGAGCUCGUGCGGCCUUGAAUGAGAUAGAGACGCGGCACAAGGAGCUGGUGAAGCUGGAAGGUCGCAUUAAGGAAGUUCACGAGCUCUUUCUGCAGGUGGCCCUGCUGGUGGAGGAACAGGCAGACACCUUUGAUGUUAUUGAGAUAAAUAUGCAAAAUGUUGAGGACUAUGUAGGAGAUGCUAAAGACCAAGUGAAAAGAGCUUUGGAAUACAGGAGAAAACAUCCCCUCAGAACAAUCCUCUGCUGUUGCAUAUCAUGUUGCAGAAGGUGAUGGUCCCACUGGAGCUAUCACAGACUGACUUGAAUGUCUUCAAAAUUAGGUGUUCUUUCCAGAGACUUUUCUGUAAUGACAAGCCCUAGAAAUAGGGGGGAUAUUUUGCAGUUGGUUUUAUUCAUUGCCUGUUUACUAAAUGUGCUGAAGGCUGUUUGUAUUUAUGAACUCUUAGAAAUGUUGAUAAAACUAUUUUUAAUGUAAUUUUUACUGAAAGGUCCUGUUACUGUAUCUAGAGAUGCAAUAUCUCUACAGUGAUACUCGUUUCAUAUAGGCAAGAAAGAAGAAUGAAUAACUUAUCCCAGGAAAGAUGAAUACUUUUAAGAAGUUACUUUAUUCUUAUUUGUUGAAGUGAGGCUGCAGGCAGUGAAGCCUUAUUGCCUGGGGCAGCACAGUACACCACAGAAUCAGGAGGUUUCAGUUUUAACUAGUUUGGAGCCUGCUUGAUACAAAUUUGACAAAAUACUGAGCCUGGAGCAGGGCACAGAACUAGUCUCUCUUUCAACUUGAUUUUCAGCUGUCUGGAAUCUUAACAGAAGUGGCUGCACCUUAAAUGUUAAUAUGCACAUUUUGCUCUAUUUGUGUGCAAGUGACUGCUUUUUUCCAUUGAGUAUCCAGCUAUCUCAAGGCAGCUAAAAGCACUGCAACACAGGUAUCUCACUUUUAACUUGAACUGCUCUCACCUCUCAGUUUCAAACCUGCCAUGCUUUCAUGUUCUGAUGACAUUGGCAUUUUUCUAAUUGGGAUUUUCCUGCCAAUUAACACUUCAUCCAGGGGAGAAACAUGAGGUGGCCUUCUGCAGAAACCUGUAUAAGAUGACAACAGCUGUGGGUUGAGGAAACAUUUUAGUGUCUCCUGUACAGGCACAUACAUAGAAGCCAUUUUAGUGGAAUGACUGGCCUGUCAGUACACUUUUAUUUUUUAUAAGCAUUGACCAAAUAUGGAUUUUUUUUCUAUAUCUGUUUUAAAUAAGAUGAAGGAUUAAAUUUUUUUACUAUGCAUUUUUACUUGUGUACAAAAAAUUUUGACUUUUCCCCAAUUGUUGGGAAAUCUCCACCAGGGAAAGCAAACAGAAGUAUUUCUUCAGUACACCUGAAGAAAAAAGAAAACAGUUUCAUGCCAUUUCAGUGCUCUUUUUAAGCUUCAAAGGAAACUCUCCUUUUGUGAGAGUCUGCCCUUACACAAGGGCAAAUCAGAAGGUUUGGAGUAUUGCAAGGAAAUAAAAAAUGGGCAGUCCUGGUAAGCACUGAGCAUUGUCAGUGGAACAUAUUCAUAGAGUGUGGUGAUUGAUCACAGCUCCUGCUUCUGGAGAUUUUCCAAAUAUAUUUCUAGGUGACUUCCUGAUACACUGUGAUCUAUUGCUAUCCUUUAAAAUAAUGCAGGACAUUUUUUCAGAUUUUUUUUUUUAACUAAUGGUCCUAUUUGUACCAAUUUUAAUAAAUAUAUUUAAACAUUUCAAAUAUUUUGUAUUUGGGAGUAUUCCUCAGAUGUGCAUACAUGUACACCUUCCUACACCAGUUGCAGUGAAACGUCUCCCUUCUUACCUUUUGCACCCUGAUUUUAUGUGUGAAAAAAAACCCCCAAACAUUUCUUACUAUUUGUAUUAAUAUAACAAAACAGCAAAAUAAAUCCAGCUUCCAAGCUUUCAUGUCUGACUGGGAAACAAUUUUAGCCAGACAGACUUUUGCACACAAAUAGAAACUAAAGGGAUAACUUUUCUCAGAAUGUGAUUGUCCCUUUUGUUGUAGCACUUGUCUCUAAUAACAUGGAAGAGUGAGGAACACAGAUCUCCUAACCAUAAGAUAUUUUGAUAUUCAGUGGUGUACUGGUGAUAUAUCAGUGUUAUGCUUGUCUGAGGAUGUCUCCAGUGAGGUGUUCAAACUUGAAGUGUGAGAAAGGAGGGUGAUAAGCUGGGACCACAGCCAGUGGCUUUGGUGCCACUCAAGAAGACAAAGUUGUUUACUCUGUAGGUACUGCCAUUAAGUCAGUGGAACUGUGCAUUCCUCCAAGAGUCAGCAUGUGGGGAUAAAUCAAUGAAGAAUUAAAUACUGUAUUUCCUUCCACAUGCACAUUCCUAGCACUUGCCAAUGUUUUUAAUAAAAAUUGUGUUCAUGUU